UCGUCUGCUGAAGUCGGCGCUGUGAAGCAUGCGUGAAUUUUGUUGUGCAAUUUGAGAACACUGCAUUCUGGCUCCGAUUGCUCGGACUCGGAGAGCUCCGAAUCAGUCAAUUGUAAUCCAAAGUUGGGAAUGCUACUUGAUUGAAUUGCGCGCGCGUUUUGUAUGUAUGUGUGUAUGCAUGCGUGUGUAUGGCGUAGUGUACAUCUCACCAUCGUUUCAACCAAAAUAUUAGCUGAAAAAUUACACGAGUGCACCGGUGGACGACGACAACUACGUUUCUUCUGCGCGAAAUUACAGAGUUAUGUCGUGGUGCAUCGUGGAUACGAGCGACAUGCGUACGAAUGAGACACGAGUCUCGGGUACGUUGUUCAUUACGCCAAAUACGCUCAAUUGAGGCGAGAAAAAUUGAGAGAAGAGAAGAUAUGCUCGGUGACAACGCGUUCAGUACGACGAGAUGAUAAUUUUUUACUGCAGACGCGACAGCCCCGAACUUUUCUAGGAAUAGACCAUUUGCAACGCGCUCGGACGUAAUCACUAGCAUUGAGCAAAAUGUCUUGGCUUGUUUGGUCGGCGGACAUCAAAAAGAGGGCUUGCAGAUAUCUGCUGCAACGUUAUCUCGGUCAGUUCCUCGAGGAACUCACGCUGGAUCAGUUAAACGUCGAUUUGUUCAACGGUACUGGACGUGUCGUCAAUGUGAACCUCGACGUGCAGGCUCUCAAUGAAGUAAGCGAGCAACAACAUCUUCCUGUGGAUUUUGUCGAUGGAUUUAUAUCAGAAAUAUCGCUUAGUGUACCAUGGUCAGCAUUACUUAGUGAAGCAAGUUACGUAGAAGUAAAUGGCCUUAGGCUCACAGUGCAACCGCGACAAAGAGUCGAUACAGGAACGUCAAUGUUUGAAUCUAUGUGGAGCUCUAUGACAUCGAGUAUGCAACUUGCUCAGGAAUGUUUGCAGCAAGAUGCAGCCACUGCAGGAAAUGCUCAGCCCCUUGAAGCGGUAGAGCUAUUCGCACAGACUAUAGAUUCAAUUUUAUCUAAGGUUAAAGUGAGAUUCAUUGACACUGUGAUACGUUUGGAACAUGUACCAUUAAAUUCUUCCAUGGGAGUGGCGAUUGAGAUGUGGAUAAAGAAUCUUGAAUAUUCUGACGAGGCUGGAUUAGAUUCCAAUAAAACGUUUCUAAAUCCUGAUGAAUCUCCAAAAAGUUAUAUUGUUUCGGCGUUUUCCACUAAACGAUUUUGCAUGGAAGGUGUAACUUUCUAUACUGACGAAUUUCCGUCUUGUGCCAGAACAUUUUCUAAAAGUGUAGUGACGAGCACGUGUUCCACUCCCGAUUCUAAAAACUCGGACAGCUUGUUUAUUUCUGCACAAAUGUCUCCUACACAAAGUAUGGUGCAAACUCCAUUGGAGGGAAGUACUGUUAAUUGCUCGAACGAAUCAAAUCUGAUCAUGUUUGCUAAGCUAGCGGGUAGACAAGAAGUGAGAUUGAAAAUGAAGCAAGGAGAAGUUGUAUCGGGGCCGAAGGUAGAGUUGGAAAUUACUCUGGGAUCGCUUACUCUGUUCCUAAGUCCCAGGCAGCUGCACGUUUUGUUAGAGUUAGCCCACGGCUUGGCGUCACCGGAUCUAGAAGAUGUCAGUAACAUUGUUCCAAAAAGAUAUUCGGAAAAACCUAUGGGUGGCAGCGAUUUUAACCACAUAGAACGCGAACUUAUCCAUCAGACACAUCCUAUGCAAGACUUAAAGACUACGGAUCUACGAUAUGCUCAAGGAUGGUCUACGGCUUCUGUGGACGAAUCCGAUAACGAGGAUGAAUUUUUGCCGAUGAAGUUGCCAGGAUCCUCGUCGAUGUGCGACUCGAUCACAAGCAACAAUUUCAAUAUGGAGGACAGCAUUUCGACCAGCAGCGUAAGCUCUAAAAGCUCGACAACGAAUCUGCCACAACAUAGUAGAACGUACAAAUAUAACGUGGAUAAUGACACUUCUGCGGAAACUACUCAGUUUCAUAUAAGAGUGUCCUCUGUUGCUUUAGUUCUUUUGCACGAAGAUAUAUUGACGUCGUGUAUGGAACAAAUUGGUCUAACUUCUAGUAGCAUAAAACAGAUGAGGAACAUAGCGAAAGAAUUUUUCAAACAAUUAGGAACAUUUGCAAUGAGUGGCUUUGGAAGCAAAGAUUUUGACUCAGCGUCGAAAAUACUCACGGAUGCUUGUCGACUCAGUCAUAUUAGAUUAUUAGCUGCACCAUUAGUGGUAGAAGGCAGCGAGAAAACUACCAAUCAAUAUUCCGCAAUAUCGGGAAGUUUGACUUUGGCUAGUUUGGAAAUCGUAGAGUGUCUGGUCGACUCCAAUAAUGUCAAUUCGCACGGGACAUCUACAAUAGAAUUUAUUGAGUUGCUAGCGUUUACAAAAGAAAAUUCAGCUACUAUUGGUUUUUCUAAUAAAACUGAUUUUAAACUAAAAUUUAAAUACACAGAAAAAGCUAUUCGGCACGCUCACAUGACGAAAUUUGCACAUCCGCGCACUGAAAUUGACAUUCAAAUGGAACCUUGUAAAGCCGAAGUGGACAUUACAAUUGUAGAUAGAAUAUCCGCUCUUCUUAAUCCGCAACCAAUAUGUAUUUGCAAUCCGACCGGAAAUAGUAGAAACGCUAGUCAGCAAACGAUAUUCGAUCAAGCUGUGGAUAGCACAGUACUAACGGAUUCCAGAGUGGAUGUGAAAAUUUUCUCGUCGUCGUGUACGAUUAAACUAAGUUUUCCCAUACCAGAUUUGAGACCGUUGCAUGAUAUGAGUCGUACGCCGUGGUGGAAGAGAUCCGUGAGGUCUGACUAUAUGAUAAUACAAAUGACGGACGCACAAGUUCACUCCACUAUGGAGAGCCGAUCUCACUAUACAGCAAGACACGAGUUGCAAUGUCGACGACUGUCAUUGUUGUACAUGGAAACUGAGAGCGAUACGCCGAUCGAGAUUGGUCUGGCCACGGUCGAUGAAAAAAACGAUGGCGCGUCGUGUCAACAGGUGAACGACGGCUUCGAUUGGGCGAGAGUGGUGGUCACUGUGUACCCGGAACGUCUUGGUGCUCAGUUAGAGGAUAGUUCGGAGGAGGAGUCGGACAAUGACAAACGAAUUCUCGACGAUAGUUUGGAGAAAACGCCGAAACACGAGCCUUCUCCGUUUACUUCUAGACGAAUUAUGCGCGAAUCUGAUACAUUUCAUUCUAAAUUAUAUGAACACGGCGAAAAAAACGAACAGAGUGACGGCGAAGAGCUUAUUAUACCUGGUAAUCGACAAGAGAUGCUGGAAUUUAUAGAGGCAGCCUUACAUGGAUCUAGAGUGCAACUGGAGAUUAAUUUACCUUGCGCUUCCGUCCAGAUACCCUCUAAACGCAUUUAUGAACAACUUUAUAACCGAUUCAACACCGAUUUGUUUCUAUGGGAGCCGUCAGCGCCUAGGCCCAAGUACUCUAACAUAGAGAGUCACAUUGGCCUCGACUUAGCAUCGACUCUUUUACAGGAACCAGCUUAUGCUAGAUUCAGCAUGUGCAAGAGCGGAAUUCAAUAUAACUCCGAUUCCGAUUCGGACGAAGAUGGAAUAUCCUCUUCCACAUUAAACGAGAAAAAUCACGUACAUCAACACGUACAGAAAUCAAAGGCUCAGAGCAAGUUGGCGGUGAUUUUGAGCAUUAAUCAGGGUCUAUUGUCAUUGUACACUCCUGUGCGCGACUCUAUGCGCAAUGUUAUACCCGGCCAACAAGGAGAAUUAAUCAUUCGUCUGGAAGAUGUCACGAUAUUCUCUGUGACGGCGUAUAAGGGAAACGCGAAUUUGAGCUACGCUUGCGCCAUGAUGAAGACCGCGUCAUUGGAUCACUGCGGUCUAACAACGAGUCCGUCACAGACGCCACCAUUAAGAUGCAUCAAUAGUGUUAAACCUCGACAUUGCAAGAGAACGAUAUACCGUAACGAGUCCGAUAGUAAUAUAGCAGCAAACUCUAGCGAUAAGGACAUGAUAAUGAUUGCAGUGAGGAUACAAGCGGCCCAUCAAACUCACCGUAUAAAGAUCUUUCGAGUCGCGGUAGGCAUAAGCAACGCUACGCUGAGACAUCGGAUUUGUUCCACUGCUACCACGUGGUUCGCGGAGUUUAUGGAUUGUUUUGAUGUAGCGGAUCAUCCAGUUGCCGGUUACACACCACCGGGUGUUCUAACGGAACUGCAUCUGCAUCUGUGGGACUGCGCAAUUGAUUAUAGACCGCUUCAUUUGCCGCUAAAAUCUCUGGUGAUCCUCAACAACUUUAGCGUAUCGAGCAAUAUCACAGCGCAAACCAACACCUCGACAUUGCGUUUCAUCGCGGAAGAUGUUGCGCUUUUUAUAUCGGAUAAAGUGCGCGAGAAAUCGGUAAAUCUCAAGCGGGAUUAUGUUUGCGUGAUGAACUUCGGCUUGUUCGAGUUGUCGUUGCGCCUCAACGAGAGAAUGUAUGGCGGCGCGCCGCGUGUCGAUCUCCGUGCCAGCAAUAACGUGUUGCAUGUUCGCACGUGUUCGGACUCCGGUCGUGCUCUUAUGCAAUUACUCACUUACAUUGCUAAUGACGGUGACUUGCAACAACCAUCCAAUAGCACUCAGAGUAGCAACACUGAGAACAUUCCCACUGUGCCGCCGACGUCUACGAAAUACGAAGAAAAUCUUCUGGGUGUUGAGAGCAUCAACACUCUGAGUAGGAGUCAAGUGGAACGAGUUUACAGCCUAAUGGAAGACGCAUUAGAAGAGACUGUGAAAGGAACAGCAACAGCACAAAACGGAAAUGAAAAUGAGAAAACGCCGAUGAUCGAGAAUCGAGUCGAGUUUUUUUUUCCCAAUGAAUCAUGCAAUGUUCCAUCGCGAGCGACAGAGAUAUGGAAACAUUCGCAGGAAUGCGAUAAAACAAUCGCGUUCACUCCAGAAGACGAUGAUGAUGACGACGACGAGUUUUGUAUUCUAGGAGAAGAGGCCGGUGUUGGGAUAAUUCCGCGCUGCGGAGUACCUGAGAUACGGUCGUUGUGUCAAGAAUCAUUGAGAAUAGUAGAUAAUCACUUUUCCGUACCUGCUACCAAAACCGAUCUGUUGCAAACACCACCUAAUUACCCAGCGCCUAAUUUGAGGUAUACUCUCUGUGAGAUGACGCUAAUAUGGCACAUGUAUGGAGGCAAUGAUUUUGACAAUUCGCAGCCACAAUGCACAAAGCACGUAACCAUUCACGAUAACAUUCGUGCCAAUAUCGCGCAUGGAAGGAGUAAAUCUUCUAUAGGUGCAGUAGGUUUUAAUAAAUCUAGUCCGAACGAAGUGCAGUUUGGCAGCGUGCCUAAUUCACCGCGUGUAACGAAAAACAACGACACGUUGAUCGAUUGGCACAUAUUGGGCGGCCCGGGUCGGCGUCACGACGUGCUGAUGGAAUUGCAACUGAGCAAGAUUCGCUUCCAACACGAGGUCUAUCCGGAGAACACUCGCGAAGCGUCACGACAGGUGCUAUUGGUGCACGAGAUCGAAGUAAGGGACAGACUGGCGUCGUCGCACAUAAACAAAUUUCUUUAUCAAUACAGUAGCGAGGCGAGACCCAGGCAGUCUCACUCCAUUAUGUUUACCAUGAAGGCGGUUCAUGUAAGACCGGAUCCCAGAUUAAGUGCCCAAGAAUGUUGUUUGAAACUUAGUCUACUGCCGCUGCGACUGAAUAUAGAUCAAGAUAGCUUACUGUUCUUAAUACAAUUUUUUAACGAACUAGGCGGUGGAUCAAAACGAAGUCAAGAAAUUUCUAACACACCGAAUAGCUCGCAAUCCACCCCCGUAUCGAAACAAGGAACGCCUACCCAUCAUCCGCCUAUUAUGAGCGUAAACGAUGAUGCGGCAAAGAAUGAUUACGCAGUGAUGAAUAUGUCGCAGAAUAAUAUCAUUGAUCAAAAUUUGUUAAUAUUUUUGGAAGACGAGCUGACAUUCAGAGAGAAUAAAACGAAAACAAAAUCUGUCUACCAAGUGCAUGACAACAGUCAGCCGAUAUAUUUUAGAAGCGUGGUGUUUGGGCCGGAAGUUCUCAUUAGGCUGGACUAUCACGGAAAGCGCAUGGAUUUCACUCACGGCCCAGUAGCGGGUUUGUUAAUGGGCUUGGCGGAACUAAAUUGUUCCGAAUUGAGACUGAAGAGAUUGUCAUACAGACAUGGACUUUUGGGAUACGACAAACUCCUCACGUAUCUGAUUUCAGAAUGGUUGCAAGAUAUUAAGAGGAAUCAACUUCCAAGUUUACUUGGUGGUGUUGGUCCUAUGUAUUCUGUGGUACAGCUAUUUCAAGGGAUACGCGAUCUAUUUUGGCUACCGAUUGAACAGUAUCAAAAGGACGGGAGAAUAGUCCGUGGUUUACAGCGAGGUGCGAAUAGUUUUACAACGUGUACCGCAAUGGCGGCAUUAGAAUUGACGUGCAGAAUCGUGCAAGCUUUACAGACCACAGCCGAAACCGCGUACGACAUGGUUAGUCCAGGUCCUAGUGUAAGGUGCAAAAACAAAGGGCAAAAGGGUCGACGAAAAAGAUACAAUCAACCAUUAGAUAUUCGUGAAGGAGUGGCUAAUGCUUACACAUUGGUUAAGGAGGGUUUAGGCGAGACCGCAACCCAACUGGUUCGAGUGGCAAGUGAGGAGCACGAGCACAAGGGUACAGUCGGUGCUGUCGGUGGAGUGCUCCGACAAAUUCCACCCACAGUCGUGAAGCCAAUUAUUCUGGCUACAGAAGCGACCAGCAAUGUGUUGGGUGGUAUGCGAUCGUCAUUGGUACCCGAUGCGCGCCGAGAGGCGGUUCAGAAGUGGCGGCAAGAUUCUGACGCAAACUAAUUUCGUUAAAAAAACACACAAAAGAAAUUUAUUAAAUCAUUAAUUCGGAUGAUCAGUCAGUUUUGCUCAAAUCACGCUUUUCGAUCGCAACUGAUUUGAUAUCCAGCCAUUUUUUUUAUUAUGAUAUAUAUGAUACGUAGACGAGAGAUAGAAAAAAAGAAGAAAUAGACAUGCAAAACACUCGUACGUUUACGUUUGUAUUGAUGAUCGUGAAACCGAUUAUCUUGGUAACUUUGUGAUGAAGUGAUUUAUUCUUAUUAGAUUUAUACGACAAGAUCUUGCUGAUGUUAGCAGAGAGAAUAAGAGAACAAUAGACCUAAGAUAUGAAUAUUCAACGACAGUCUGAUGGAAGAAUGAAAAGAGAAUUCACUAUUGAGUUCAUUUGCGAGUGCACCUAAAUAGUGAUAUAUAUGUAUAUAUAGAGAGAGAGAGAGAAAGAGAGAGAAAGAGAGAGAGAGAGAGAGCGAGAGCGAGAGCGAGAGUUAGUUUACAAUGAGAAUGAAUCACACUCUAUAUAUAUAUUGGGCUAAAAUAUCCUCUUCUCUUUCUCUCUGUUCCGCCUCUUCUUCUUUUUUCUCUUUGCCUUGCGUAUGUGCGCGUGUAUGUGUUACACCUCCGAUAAAUCACAUACACGUAUAUUCAUUUGAUCAUGUAAAAUGUAAAUGUUUUAUACAAAAUGUGAUAUAUAUACAUAUAUG